UUUAGAGUGUGUGUUUUUUAAAAUUUAUUUGUUAUGUAGUGACAUUCUUCACAUUACAUAUAUAUUUAGUACAAUUUGUUAUCCACAAUGACUUUACUUUUAGGUGCUUUGUGGAAAUAGUUAGCCUGACCAUGGACUUCAAAGAAGUCGAGAACCGCAUUUGUGUAAGACGCAUUAUUCAAAGAGAAUUCACCCAUCAUCGCAAAAAGGGUGAUUUCACUUGGAACAGCAUGUCAGGGCGCAGCGUUCGGCUGAAGUCAGUUCCCAUCCAGAGCCUCUCGGAGCUGGAGCGUGCUCGGCUGCAGGAAGUGGCUUUUUAUCAGUUGCAGCAGGACUGUGACCUGGGCUGUCAGAUCACUAUCCCCAAAGAUGGACAAAAGAGGAAGAAAUCAUUAAGAAAGAAACUGGACUCUUUAGGAAAGGAGAAGAACAGAGACAAAGAAUUUGUUCCCCAGGCUUUUGGAAUGCCAUUGUCCCAAGUGAUUGCUAAUGAUCGGGCCUACAAGCUCAAGCAAGACUCUCAGAGAGAAGAGCAGAAGGAUGUUUCAGAUUUUGUGGCCUUUCUCUUGCCAUUUGGAACUAAAAGGCAGAACAAAGAACUUUCAAGCAGUAACUCAUCUCUUAGCUCAACCUCAGAAACACCAAACGAAUCCACUUCUCCUAACACACCCGAGCCAGCGCCACGAGCAAGGAGGCGUGGCGCGAUGUCUGUGGACUCUAUUACAGAUCUUGAUGACAAUCAGUCACGGCUGUUAGAGGCUCUCCAGCUCUCUUUGCCAGCAGAAGCCCAGAGCAAGAAAGAAAAGGCAAGAGAUAAGAAACUAAGCCUGAACCCUAUUUACAGGCAGGUUCCCCGGCUUGUAGAUAGUUGCUGCCAGCACUUGGAAAAGCACGGUCUCCAGACAGUAGGAAUAUUCAGAGUUGGAAGCUCAAAAAAGAGAGUAAGACAGUUACGUGAAGAGUUUGACCGGGGCAUAGAUGUUGUAUUAGACGAAGAACACAGUAUUCAUGAUGUUGCUGCUUUAUUAAAGGAGUUUCUACGUGACAUGCCUGACCCACUUCUCACCAGAGAACUUUAUACACCUUUCAUCAACACUCUCUUAUUAGAGCCAGAUGAACAGCUAAGCACCUUACAGCUUCUCAUUUAUCUUCUACCUCCCUGUAACUGCGAUACCCUGCACCGGCUGCUGCAGUUCCUCUCCACAGUGGCUGGCCACGCGGAAGACACCACAGACAAAGAUGGCCAAGAGAUUACUGGGAACAAGAUGACAUCACUUAACCUGGCUACCAUCUUUGGCCCUAACCUGUUGCACAAGCAGAAAUCUACAGACAAAGAAUUCUCGGUUCAGAGCUCAGCUCGAGCUGAAGAGAGUACUGCUAUCAUAGCUGUUGUACAAAAGAUGAUUGAAAACUAUGAAGCCCUUUUCAUGGUUUCCCCUGACCUACAGAAUGAAGUGCUCAUUAGCCUAUUAGAAACUGACCCAGAUGUUGUGGACUAUUUGUUGAGGAGGAAAGCUUCCCAGUCAUCGAGCCCUGAGAUGCUGCAGUCAGAAGGUUCCUACUCCACAGGAGGAAGACAUUCUUCCACAGACUCCAACAAAGCUUCAAGCGGAGAUGUCUCCCCUUACGACAACAACUCCCCGGUACUGUCUGAGCGCUCGCUGAUGGCAAUGCAAGAAGAAGUUGCCCGCAGCCCAGAUAAGCUGUACAAGGUACCUGAACAGUACACGCUGGUUGGACAUUUGCAGCCUAAGACAAAGGAGAAUUCUUCUGCAUCACAGGCUGGAAAAGAUGUUUCCGAAGAUCAUUUUGAUAUCUGGGGCACCUGGCAUUCAACGCUGAAAAGUGGCUGCAAAGAUCCAGCAAUGACAGGUUCUUAUGGGAACAUUUACGAAAGCAGCUUGCUGCGACCCGGACAGUGCUCUCUUUCCCAGGGGAACCUCUCCACGUGUUCUCCGCGGUGGCAGGGCAGCUCCUCCGAACUGGACACCGGCAGGCAGGUCAUGCGAAGGAGCCAGACGACUGCUGCCAUUCCCGAGUGCCAGCUCCAUCCCAGCUCAUCUCUGGUGUGCAGUAGCCCGCAAAUCGCAGUCGGCGGUAGGAGUUCGGACCUGUCACACUCCAGGUCGGAGCGGCACUUGACUUUAAGCAGUGUGGAGGACCUCAGUGAGCGUGACUCAAACGCGGGGUGUUUGCAAAGCGCAGCCAAGCCCUCCUCCAGAAAAGAGCGACCACCGCCCCCCUACCCAGGCCCAGCAAAACCGAGCUCUGCGUUGCCGCAGCGGUCGAGCGUUUCUUCAGCGUUGCACUCUUUGUGGAGAGCCCCCGAGCAGGCCACCUCCCGGCCGGAGCGGCCGGCCCCACGCGCCCAAGCGGGUCACAUCUUUUCCACGGCACCGCCACACAGUCAGAACAGUAAAACCGUUUCGGAGGCGGACUGGCAUGAUUGGCAAAGGGAGAAGUGGCAAAUCUGGGAGCUGUUAUCAGCUGAUAACCCCGACGCCCUCCCAGAAACCCUGGUAUGA